AUGACUAUUCUCGAUCUACAGAUCAAGGCCGACCUUGAGAAUGUGACCGAUCUUACCACCGAUCCCGAUGACUUCCGUUGGUAUUUAAAGGUUCGCUGCGGGUGUGGUGAGGAAAACAAUAAAUGGCUUUACCUCGAAGCCGACGAUUUUACCGAGAUACCCGGCGCCCGAGGCGGCGAGGCGAAUUUGGUGGUGAAGUGCGACUUAUGUAGCCGAACUAAUUCAAUCUCACUUGUCGACAAACCAGUGCGUGCGUACACCAAGUCAGGCGAAUACCAGACUAUAGCGGCCUUCGAUUGCAGAGGGGUAGAACCGAUUGCCUUCGACCCAAGAGUAUGUUCACAAUGGGGCGCACAAAACACAUGUACGCACGCACACAAGCACGCACAAUACACAUAA